AAGAUGGCAGAAACUCCACUGCCCAAUUCCACCUUCCUGCGUCCAGACUUCUUCACAUUGACUGGCAUUCCAGGGCUGGAGGGCGUCCAGGCCUGGUUGACACUGGCCUUUGGGCCCAUGUACCUGCUGGCACUACUGGGUAAUGGAGCGCUGCUGGCAAUAGUGCGGAUAGACUCCACACUUCAUCAGCCCAUGUUUCUACUUCUAGCUAUCCUGGCAGUCACAGAUCUGGGCUUAGCCACAUCUAUAGCCCCAGGGUUGCUGGUUGUACUGUGGCUUGGCCCCCAACCUCUGCCAUAUGCUGUCUGUCUGACUCAGAUGUUCUUUGUACAUGCACUGACUGCUAUGGAAUCUGGUGUGCUUUUGGCCAUGGCUUGUGACCGUGCUGUGGCAAUAGGACGUCCACUGCAUUACCCUAUCCUAGUUACCAAAGCCCGUGUGGGCUAUGUGGUCCUGGCACUGGCACUGAAAGCUGUAGCUAUUGUUGUGCCUUUCCCUCUGCUGGUGGCACGAUUUGAGCACUUCCAAGCCAAGACCAUAUGUCACACUUACUGUGCACACAUGGCAGUGGUAGAGUUGGUGGUGGGUAACACACAGGCCAAUAACUUGUAUGGGCUAGCACUUUCAUUGGCUGUGUCAGGAGUGGACAUUCUGGGCAUUACUGCAUCCUAUGGACUCAUUGCUUAUGCUGUAUCACAGCUGCCUACCUGGGAAGCUCGUGCCAAAGCCUUUGGUACGUGUAGUUCUCACAUAUGUGUCAUUCUGGCCUUCUAUGUGCCUGGUCUUUUCUCCUAUCUUACACACCGCUUUGGUCGUCAUACUGUCCCAAAGCCUGUGCACAUCCUUCUUUCCAACAUUUAUUUGCUGCUGCCCCCUGCCUUCAACCCCCUCAUCUAUGGUGCCCGCACCAAGCAGAUAAGAGAUAGACUCCUGGAAAGCUUUACCUUCAGAAAAAGCCAGUUCUGA